GCGGCGCGAGCUCCAUCAGGCGGCGGAGGAGGCUUGUGCUGCUGCUGCUGCUUCUGCUGCUCAAGGCAGGGGCUGCUCAUUCCCCCCUUCUCUGCAGGAAGGCAAGCAGCGGGCCCCCACGGUGCAUCAAGCGCAUCCUCUCCUCUGCACCACCGAGGAGGGCUUGGAAAGUACGGGGGGAACACAAAAAGGAGAGGAUCCGCUUCCUUGCUGGAUUGAAAAGGACCUCCUUCCUUCCUUUCUCUCCCUCUCUCUCUCUCUCUUCCAUUCCUCCAUGCAUCAUUCUUUGGGGAGCGUUGCUUCUCCAUAGCUUGGCGGUGUGCUGCUGCUGCUGGCUCCCUUUCCCUUCCUUUCUUGCUCUGGAGGGCUGAGCCCCCUCCUCUCUCCCUCCCCAGCCUUUGGGUCCCUCUCAUCUCCUGGGCUGGGAGGGAGAAGAGGAGGAGGAAGGAAAGAAAGAAAGAAAGAAGGAGAAGAAGAGGGGCUCUUCCUGCCUGCCUGCUUUCCUUUCCCUGGAUGGAGGGAGCCUUGAAGACCCCGAGGAAGGAAGAGUGAAGAAGAGGAGAGCUGGACUGAGGAAGAAAAGGAGGAGGCAGCUCUUCUUGGGUGGACUUGCCUCUAGAGAGACCCUUGCUUGCUUUUUGAAAUCUAUUUUUCAUUUUUUGGCACCAGCAUGAUGGCCCCUAGGAGAGAAAUGAGGGGGGCCUGGCUGCUCUUGCUAGGAUCUCUGCACACACUAGUCAGGAUCGCCCCUGUUUUUGCCCUUGAAGAAGACUCAAUCAAAGCAAAACCUUCCAAUUCCCCGCGUGCGGAGUGGGUGCUGCAGCCUCGACCUACACCGCCCAAAGGGAGAGACCCCAACGCUUGGAACCGGCUCAAGGACCAGUCUUUUGCAUUAGCUGAGGAGGUUGAUGUCUAUGUUGCUCCACUUCCAAAGAUUGGGGAACAAGCCCUGGAGAGCUCUACUUCACAAAUAUUGUCACCGAAGACAUGUAGCCCUAAACAGUUUGCGUGUAAAGAUCAAAUCACAUGCAUAUCCAAGGGCUGGAGAUGUGAUGGGGAGAAGGAUUGUCCAGAUGGUUCAGAUGAAUCUCCAGAUAUAUGUCCGCAAAGCAAAGUGUCAAGAUGUCAGCCCAACGAGUACAACUGCCUGGGAACAGAUCUUUGUAUCCCCAUGAUCAAGCUGUGCAAUGGUGAACGCGACUGUGUGGAUGGUUCAGAUGAAGGGGCUCACUGUCGAGAGCUUUCAAAAAACUGUACAGAUAUGAGUUGCCAGCAUCAUUGCGUCCCAACACUGAAUGGUCCAAUGUGCUACUGCAACAGUUCUUUCCAGUUGGCAGAAGACGGGAAAAGCUGCAAAGAUUUCGAUGAGUGCACUGUUUAUGGCACUUGCAGCCAAACGUGCACCAACAAUGAUGGUUCCUAUAGGUGCAGCUGCGUGGAGGGGUAUCUGCUCCAGCCUGACCACAAGUCCUGCAAAGCUAAGAAUGAACCAGUAGAGCGACCUCCCAUCCUGCUCAUUGCUAACUCGCAGAAUAUCAUGGCUUCUUACCUGAAUGGUGGCUCUGUCCCUAACAUCACUCCUACCAGCACGCAUCAGACCACAGCCAUGGACUUUAACUACGUCGAGGACACGGUGUGCUGGGUUCAUGUUGGUGACAGUUCCUCCCAAACGAUCUUGAAAUGUGCCAAAAUCCCCAAUCUGAAGGGCUUCGUGGAGGAGCGGACCAUCAACAUCUCUCUCAGCUUGCACCAUGUGGAGCAAAUGGCUAUUGACUGGCUUACUGGCAACUUCUACUUUGUGGAUGACAUUGAUGACCGGAUAUUUGUCUGCAACAAGAAUGGUGUCACCUGUGUCACGCUGCUUGACCUGGAGCUCUACAAUCCCAAAGGCAUUGCGCUGGACCCAACUAUGGGGAAAGUUUUCUUCACUGACUAUGGACAAAUACCAAAAGUGGAGCGUUGUGAUAUGGAUGGACAGAAUCGCACCAAGUUAGUUGACACCAAGAUUGUUUUCCCCCAUGGUAUCACCUUAGAUUUGGUCAACCGGCUGGUAUAUUGGGCUGAUGCCUACCUUGACUACAUUGAAGUGGUGGAUUACGAAGGGAAGAACCGGCACACCAUCAUCCAGGGCAUUCUGAUAGAGCAUCUCUACGGCCUGACAGUCUUUGAGAACUACCUGUAUGCUACCAAUUCAGAUAAUGCCAAUACCCAGCAGAAAACCAGUGUCAUCCGAGUCAAUCGAUUCAACAGCAGUGAUUUCCAAGUGGUAACCCGGGUGGAUAAGGGUGGAGCUCUCCAUAUCUACCACCAACGACGACAACCCAAGGUGAGGAGCCAUGCCUGUGAACCUGACCAGUUUGGCAAACCUGGUGGAUGCUCUGACAUCUGUCUCCUUGGAAACAGCCACAAGACCCGGACGUGCCGUUGCCGAUCAGGAUUCAGCCUUGGCAGCGAUGGGAAGUCUUGCAAGAAGCCAGAGCACGAGCUCUUCCUUGUUUAUGGCAAAGGUCGGCCAGGCAUCAUCCGUGGGAUGGAUAUGGGGGCCAAAGUUCCUGAUGAACAUAUGAUCCCUAUUGAAAACCUGAUGAAUCCCAGAGCCCUGGACUUCCAUGCAGAAACUGGCUUCAUUUACUUUGCUGACACCACCAGCUACCUCAUUGGGAGACAGAAGAUCGAUGGGACUGACAGGGAAACAAUCCUGAAAGAUGGCAUUCACAAUGUGGAAGGCAUCGCUGUGGACUGGAUGGGGAACAACCUCUACUGGACUGACGAUGGGCCCAAGAAGACCAUCAGUGUUGCCCGGCUAGAGAAGGCUGCCCAGACCCGGAAGACUUUGAUUGAAGGGAAGAUGACUCACCCUCGAGCCAUUGUGGUGGAUCCCUUGAAUGGGUUGAUGUAUUGGACUGACUGGGAGGAAGACCCGAAGGAUAGCAAGAGGGGGAAGAUUGAAAAGGCUUGGAUGGAUGGCUCCCACCGCAAUGUCUUCAUCACCUCCAAGACUGUCCUGUGGCCCAAUGGGCUGAGCCUGGACAUCCCAGGGAAGGUGCUGUACUGGGUGGAUGCCUUUUAUGACAGGAUUGAGAUGGUUAUGCUGAAUGGUACGGAACGCAAGAUUGUUUAUGAUGGUAAUGAACUGAAUCAUGCCUUUGGCUUGUGCCACUAUGGCAACUUUAUCUUCUGGACUGAGUACCGGAGUGGCAGCAUCUAUCGCCUCGACCAGAACUCCAAGGCUGUUACACUUUUGCGCAAUGAACGUCCACCAAUCUUUGAAAUCCGCAUGUACGAUGCUCAGCAGCAGCAAGUUGGCUCCAACAACUGUCGAGUAAACAACGGAGGCUGCAGCAGCCUUUGCCUGGCCAUCCCUAAUGGCAGGCAAUGUGCCUGUGCAGAGGACCAAAUUUUGGGCUCAGAUUCUGUCACCUGCCAAGUCAACCCAUCAUAUAGCCCACCACCACAAUGCCAGCAUGGGGAAUUUGCUUGCAAGAACAACCGCUGUAUACAGGAGCGCUGGAAAUGUGAUGGUGACAAUGACUGCCUCGACAACAGCGAUGAAGCACCAGAGCUCUGUCAUCAGCACACGUGCCCCUCAGACCGUUUCAAGUGUGAGAACAACCGCUGCAUCCCCAACCGCUGGCUGUGCGAUGGGGAUAAUGACUGCGGGAAUAAUGAAGAUGAGUCUAACUCCACCUGCUCAGCUCGUACCUGCCCUACUAACCAGUUCUCCUGUGCCAGUGGCCGCUGUAUCCCAAUCUCCUGGACCUGUGACUUAGAUGAUGAUUGUGGGGACCGCUCUGAUGAGUCAGCCUCAUGUGCCUACCCAACAUGCUUCCCUCUAACCCAGUUUACUUGCCAUAAUGGCCGCUGCAUCAACAUCAACUGGAGAUGUGACAAUGACAAUGACUGCGGAGACAACAGUGAUGAGGCCGGCUGCAGCCAUUCCUGCUCCAGCAACCAGUUCAAAUGCAACAGCGGGCGCUGCAUUCCUGUGCAUUGGACCUGUGAUGGUGAUAAUGACUGUGGGGACUACAGUGAUGAAACCCAUGCCAACUGCACAAACCAGGCAACACGCCCACCGGGACGUUGUCACACAGAUGAAUUCCAGUGCCGCCUGGAUGCCCUUUGCAUUCCCAUGCGCUGGCAUUGCGAUGGUGAUACUGACUGCAUGGACUCCAGUGAUGAGAAAAACUGUGAGGGGGUCACUCAUGUCUGUGAUCCAAAUGUCAAGUUUGGCUGCAAAGAUUCUGCCCGGUGCAUCAGCAAAGCAUGGGUAUGUGAUGGGGACAAUGACUGCGAGGACAACUCUGAUGAGGAAAACUGUGAGUCACUGGUAUGCAAGCCACCCUCGCACACUUGUGCCAACAACACCUCUAUCUGCCUUCCUCCUGAGAAGCUCUGUGAUGGCAAUGAUGACUGUGGGGAUGGAUCCGAUGAAGGGAAGCUAUGUGAUCUGUGCUCUCUGAACAAUGGAGGCUGCAGCCACAACUGCACCGUGGCACCAGGCGAGGGCAUUGCAUGCUCCUGUCCCCUGGGCAUGGAGCUGGGCAGUGACAAUAAGACUUGCCAGAUCCAGAGCUACUGUGCCAAGCACCUCAAAUGCAGUCAGAAGUGUGAGCAGGACAAAUACAACGUGAAAUGCUCUUGCUACGAUGGGUGGAUGCUGGAGUCUGAUGGGGAGAACUGCCGCAGCACAGACCCUUUUAAGCCUUUCAUCAUUUUCUCCAACCGCCAUGAGAUCCGACGCAUUGAUUUGCACAAGGGAGAUUACAGUGUCUUGGUGCCAGGCCUGCGGAACACCAUUGCUUUGGACUUCCAUCUGAAUCAGAGCUCUCUCUACUGGACCGAUGUGGUAGAGGACAAAAUAUAUCGAGGGAAAUUACAUGAGAAUGGAGCACUCACCAGCUUUGAAGUGGUGAUUCAGUAUGGGCUAGCUACCCCAGAAGGACUGGCUGUGGACUGGAUUGCUGGCAAUAUCUACUGGGUCGAGAGCAACUUGGACCAGAUUGAGGUUGCCAAGCUUGAUGGGACCAUGCGGAGCACGUUGCUGGCUGGGGACAUUGAGCACCCCCGUGCUAUCGCCCUGGAUCCACGAUGUGGUAUCCUGUUCUGGACAGACUGGGAUGCCAGCCUCCCACGCAUUGAAGCAGCCUCCAUGAGUGGUGAGGGUCGGCGUGUCAUCCACAAGGAAACCGGCUCAGGUGGCUGGCCUAAUGGACUCACUGUGGACUACCUGGAGAAACGCAUCCUGUGGAUUGAUGCCAGGUCGGAUGCCAUCUAUUCAGCUCUCUACGAUGGCACAGGUCACAUUGAGGUGCUGCGAGGGCACGAAUAUUUGUCACACCCUUUUGCCGUCACCCUUUAUGGGGGUGAGGUGUAUUGGACUGACUGGCGCACAAAUACCCUGGCCAAGGCCAACAAAUGGACAGGCCACAAUGUCACCGUAGUGCAAAGAACCAACACUCAGCCCUUUGACUUACAAGUCUAUCAUCCCUCCCGCCAACCUCAAGUUCCCAAUCCUUGUGAGGCCAAUGGAGGAAAAGGCCGUUGUUCUCACCUCUGCCUCAUCAACUUCAACAGCACCUAUUCCUGUGCCUGUCCUCAUCUCAUGAAGCUGGCCAAGGACAAUAUCACAUGCUAUGAGUUUAAGAAGUUCUUGCUCUAUGCCCGCCAAAUGGAGAUCCGAGGGGUUGACAUUGACAACCCAUAUUACAACUACAUCAACUCCUUCACGGUUCCUGACAUCGACAACGUCACUGUAGUUGACUAUGAUGCCAUGGAACAGAGGAUCUAUUGGUCGGAUGUCCGCACCCAAACCAUUAAGCGGGCAUUCAUCAAUGGAACAGGCGUGGAAACAGUUGUCUCUGCAGAUUUACCCAAUGCCCAUGGCCUCGCUGUGGACUGGGUGUCAAGAAACCUUUUCUGGACCAGCUAUGAUGCCAACAAGAAGCAGAUCAAUGUUGCACGGCUAGAUGGAUCAUUUAAGAAUGCCGUGAUCCAGGGAUUAGACAAACCUCAUUGCUUGGUUGUACAUCCUCUCAAAGGAAAGCUCUAUUGGACAGAUGGGGACAACAUCAGCAUUGCCAACAUGGAUGGCAGCAAUCGAAGUCUGCUCUUCACAAACCAGAAAGGACCUGUUGGGCUCUCCAUUGAUUACCAGCAAAGCAAACUAUACUGGAUCAGCUCUGGCAAUGGUACCAUCAACAGGUGCAACUUGGAUGGUAGCGGCUUGGAAGUGAUAGAGAACAUGAAGAGCCAGUUGCGCAAGGCCACCGCAUUGGCAGUUAUGGAUGAUAAAUUGUGGUGGGCUGACCAAGCCUCAGAAAAAAUGGGCACCUGCGACAAGAAGGAUGGGACAGAAGCUGUUGUGCUCCGUAACAGCACCACACUAGUCAUGCACAUGAAGAUCUAUGAUGAGACCAUUCAACAACAUGGUAGCAACCCGUGCAGUGUAAACAACGGUGAUUGCUCCCAGCUCUGCCUUCCGACUUCAGAGACAACUCGUUCCUGCAUGUGUACAGCUGGAUAUAGCCUGAAGAGUGGGCAGCAGUCCUGUGAAGGUGUUGGCUCUUUCCUCCUCUACUCUGUGCAUGAGGGCAUCCGGGGCAUCCCACUGGAUCCCAAUGACAAGUCUGAUGCCUUAGUCCCAGUCUCUGGAACUUCCUUAGCUGUUGGCAUUGAUUUCCACGCUGCUAAUGAUACCAUAUAUUGGGUGGACAUGGGCCUGAGCACCAUCAGUCGGGCCAAGAGGGACCAGACCUGGAGAGAGGAUGUGGUGACCAAUGGCAUUGGCCGGGUUGAAGGCAUUGCUGUUGACUGGAUUGCAGGAAACAUCUAUUGGACAGAUCAGGGCUUUGAUGUCAUUGAGGUGGCCAGGCUCAAUGGCUCCUUCCGUCAUGUGGUGAUCUCACAGGGACUGGACAAGCCACGUGCCAUCACCGUGCACCCCGAAAAAGGGUAUCUUUUCUGGACAGAAUGGGGCCAGUACCCUCGUAUUGAACGUUCUCGGCUGGAUGGGACUGAACGUGUGGUCCUUGUCAAUGUUAGCAUCAGUUGGCCCAAUGGCAUCUCGGUUGACUAUGAGGAGGGAAAGCUUUACUGGUGUGAUGCCCGGACAGAUAAGAUAGAGCGCAUAGACCUGGAGACUGGUGACAAGAGGGAGGUGGUCCUGAACAAUAACAACAUGGACAUGUUCUCCGUUUCAGUUUUUGAGGAUUACAUCUACUGGAGUGAUAGGACUCAUGCAAAUGGAUCCAUUAAGAGAGGCAACAAGGAAAAUGCUUCAGAAAUUGUGCCUCUGCGCACCGGAAUUGGGGUGCAGUUGAAGGAUAUCAAGGUUUUCAACAGAGCCAGGCAAAAGGGUACCAAUGUUUGUGCUCAGAACAAUGGUGGAUGUGAGCAGUUAUGCCUGUACCGAGGAGGAGGCCAGCGUACAUGCGCAUGUGCGCAUGGCAUGCUCUCCGAAGAUAGCGUGAGUUGCCGUGACUAUGAUGGGUACCUGCUCUAUUCAGAACGCACCAUUCUCAAGAGUAUCCACUUGUCAGAUGAGAACAAUCUGAAUGCACCCAUUAAGCCUUUUGAAGAUAGUGAGCACAUGAAAAAUGUCAUUGCCUUGGCUUUUGACUACCGCCACGGCAGCAAAGGCAGCAACCGCAUCUUCUACAGUGAUAUUCAUUUUGGCAAUAUCCAGCAAAUCAAUGAUGAUGGGAGCGGACGCAGAACCAUAGUUGAGAAUGUAGGUUCCGUUGAAGGUCUGGCCUACCACCGAGGCUGGGAUGCUUUGUACUGGACAAGCUACACAACGUCCACCAUCACCCGGCACACUGUGAACCAGACCCGCAAGGGGGCUUUUGACAGAGAGACCGUCAUCACCAUGUCUGGGGACGACCAUCCUCGAGCUUUUGUGCUGGAUGAGUGCCAGAACUUGAUGUUUUGGACCAACUGGAAUGAACAGCACCCUAGCAUUAUGCGAGCUACGCUGUCGGGCUUCAAUAUGAUCACCAUCAUCGACAAAGACAUUCGCACUCCUAACGGUUUGGCUAUUGACCACAAGGCGGAGAAAAUCUACUUUUCGGAUGCUACACUGGACAAAAUUGAGCGGUGUGAAUACGAUGGCACCAAACGACAUAUGGUCCUGCAGGCAGAGCCAGUGCAUCCCUUUGGCUUGGCUGUCUACGGAGACUACAUCUUCUGGACAGAUUGGGUGCGUCGUGCUGUGCAGCGGGCCAACAAGUAUGUCGGCUCUGGCAUGAAGCAUUUGCGCAUCGACAUCCCCCAGCAACCUAUGGGCAUUAUCGCCGUGGCCAAUGACACCAACAGCUGCGAGCAGUCUCUCUGUAGAGUAAACAAUGGUGGUUGCCAGGACCUGUGCCUACUUUCUUCUGACGGUGAAAUCAGCUGUUCUUGCCGUGGUGAACGGAUACUUCAGGAUGAUUUUACCUGCAGAGCUCCCAACUCCACUUGCAAUGUGCACCGUGAAUUUGAGUGUGGAAAUGGUGACUGUAUUGACUUCAGCCAGACCUGCGAUGGUGUGCCCCACUGCAAGGACAAGUCAGAUGAGAAACAAUCCUACUGCAACAAUCGCAAGUGUAAGAAAGGCUAUCUGCAUUGCAUGAACAAACGCUGUGUGCCCAUCAAGGACUGGUGCAAUGGUGUCGACAACUGUGGGGAUAACUCAGACGAAGUGCCCUGCAACAAGACAAGCUGUGCUGCCACUGAGUUCCGUUGUCGGGAUGGGACCUGCAUUGGCAAUUCAAGUCGCUGCAACCAACAGAUUGACUGCGAGGAUGCUUCUGAUGAGAUGAAUUGCACUGCCACCGACUGCAACAGCUUUUUCAGAUUGGGCAUAAAAGGUGUCACCUUCCAAAAGUGUGAGCACACAUCGAUGUGUUACGCUCCGUCCUGGGUGUGUGAUGGGAGCAAUGACUGUGGAGACUACUCGGAUGAGCAGGACUGUCCAGGUGUGAGAAAAUCCAAGUGCCCAGCCAAUUACUUUGCCUGUCCAAGUGGAAGGUGCAUCCCCAUGACAUGGACAUGUGAUAAAGAGAAUGACUGUGAAAAUGGCGAGGAUGAAACACACUGCAAUAAGUUCUGCUUCCCUGAGAAAUUUGAGUGCAACAAUCACCGUUGUAUCUCCAAGCAGUGGGUGUGCGAUGGUGCUGAUGAUUGUGGGGAUGGCUCUGAUGAAGACCAACGUUGCCGUCACACUACUUGUGCUGCUGGUUCCUUCCAGUGCCCAAACAGCUACAUGUGUGUGCCGCAACGCUGGCUUUGUGAUGGAGACAAAGACUGUGCCGAUGGAGCUGAUGAAAGUGUGACUGUUGGCUGCUUAUACAACAACACGUGUGAUGAACGUGAAUUCCUAUGCAACAACCGGCAGUGCAUACCCAAACAUUUUGUGUGUGACCAUGAUGAUGAUUGUGGCGAUGGUUCUGACGAGUCUCAAGACUGUGAGUAUACAACAUGUGGACCCAAUGAAUUCCGCUGUGCCAAUGGCCGCUGCUUGAGUAACAAACUAUGGGAGUGUGAUGGAGAGUUUGAUUGCCAUGACCAAUCUGAUGAAGCACCCAAAAACCCACGCUGUUCCAGCCCUGAGAGCAAGUGUAAUGACACCUUUUUCCUGUGCCACAACAACCAGUGCAUCUCCAAUCAGCUGCUUUGUGACAACAACAACGACUGCGGCGAUGGCUCCGAUGAGCUCAAUUGUUUCAUUAAUGAGUGCCUUAACAAGAAACUAAGUGGCUGCUCUCAGGAAUGUGAGGACCUCAAGAUUGGUUACAAGUGCAGAUGCCGCCCUGGGUUCCGACUAAAGGAUGAUGGGAAGACUUGUAUUGACAUAGAUGAGUGCACGACAACCUAUCCCUGCAGCCAGAUGUGCAUCAACACCCUUGGUAGCUUCAAAUGUCUGUGUGCAGAUGGCUACAUCCUGAAGCCUGAUGACCCAACAAGCUGCAAAGCUAUCACAGAUGAAGAACCCUUCCUAAUAUUUGCAAAUCGAUACUACCUAAGGAAACUUAGUCUGGAUGGUUCCAAUUACACAUUGCUGAAACAGGGCCUGAAUAAUGCUGUGGCUUUGGACUUUGACUACCGGGAGCAAAUGAUCUACUGGACAGAUGUCACCACGCAGGGCAGUAUGAUCCGCCGGAUGAACAUCAAUGGUAGCAAUGUACAGGUUCUGCACCGCACUGGGCUGAGCAACCCCGAUGGACUGGCUGUGGAUUGGGUUGGUGGGAACCUGUAUUGGUGUGACAAGGGACGAGACACCAUUGAAGUCUCAAAGCUCAAUGGGGCCUAUCGUACUGUCCUAGUGAAUUCAGGGCUUCGGGAGCCCCGGGCGUUGGUCGUGGACGUACAGAAUGGAUACUUGUACUGGACAGACUGGGGAGACCAUUCCCUGAUUGGCAAGAUAGGUAUGGAUGGCACCAACCGGAGUGUCAUUGUGGACACCAGGAUCACCUGGCCCAACGGCCUCACACUGGACUAUAUCAACGGCCGCAUUUACUGGGCUGAUGCCAGGGAAGAUUACAUUGAGUUUGCCAGCCUGGAUGGCUCUAAUCGGCACAUAGUUCUGAGCCAGGAUAUUCCACACAUCUUUGCCUUGACACUCUAUGAGGAUUACAUUUAUUGGACUGACUGGGAGACCAAAUCCAUCAACCGAGCACACAAGACCACAGGCGCCAACAAGUCUGUGCUGAUCAGCACUUUGCACCGACCUAUGGACAUCCACAUCUUCCAUCCCUUCAGGCAGCCAGAUGUUCCCAAUCAUCCCUGUAAAGUCAACAAUGGUGGUUGUAGCAACUUGUGCCUGUUGUCACCAGGGGGUAAUUUCAAGUGUGCCUGCCCUACCAACUUUUAUCUGGGUGAGGAUGGCAGGACUUGCAUCUCCAACUGCACAGCCAGCCAGUUUGUCUGUAAGAAUGACAAGUGCAUCCCUUUCUGGUGGAAAUGCGACACAGAAGACGACUGCGGGGAUCGUUCGGAUGAGCCGGAGAACUGCCCUGAAUUCAAGUGUCGCCCAGGUCAGUUCCAGUGCUCAACAGGAAUCUGCACCAAUCCAGCCUUCAUCUGUGAUGGAGACAACGACUGUCAGGACAACUCAGAUGAGGCCAACUGUGAAGUGCAUGUUUGCCUGCCCAGCCAGUUCAAAUGCACCAACACCAACCGUUGUAUCCCUGGCAUCUUCCGCUGUAACGGACAGGACAAUUGUGGAGACGGAGAAGACGAGAAGGACUGUCCGGAGGUGACUUGUGCACCAAACCAGUUCCAGUGUGCCAUCACAAAACGUUGUAUUCCACGAGUCUGGGUGUGCGAUCGAGACAACGACUGUGUGGAUGGAUCUGAUGAACCUGCCAACUGCACACAAAUGAGAUGUGGUCUGGAUGAGUUCCGGUGCAAAGAUUCAGGCCGGUGCAUCCCUGCACGAUGGAAAUGUGAUGGGGAGGAUGACUGCGGAGAUGGCUCAGACGAGCCCAAAGAAGAGUGUGAUGAACGGACCUGUGAGCCAUAUCAGUUCCGCUGCAAGAACAACCGCUGUGUACCAGGCCGCUGGCAGUGCGACUACGACAACGACUGUGGAGAUAACUCAGAUGAAGAGAGCUGUAAACCCAGGCCUUGCUCUGAAAGUGAAUUCUCCUGUGCUAAUGGACGCUGUAUUGCUGGCCGGUGGAAAUGUGAUGGGGAUCAUGACUGUGCUGAUGGCUCUGAUGAGAAAGACUGCAAGCCGCGUUGUGAUCAAGACCAGUUCCACUGCAAGAGUGGGCACUGCAUUCCACUUCUGUGGCGCUGUGAUGCUGAUGCAGAUUGCAUGGAUGGCAGUGAUGAGGAAGACUGUGGCACCAGAGUGCGGACCUGUCCCUUGGAUGAGUUCCAGUGCAACAACACCCUGUGCAAGCCUUUGGCCUGGAAGUGUGAUGGCGAGGAUGACUGUGGGGACAACUCUGAUGAGAACCAUGAGGAAUGCUUGAAAUUCCAGUGUCCGCCCAACAGACCUUUCCGCUGCAAGAACGAUCGCGUGUGUCUGUGGAUUGGCCGCCAAUGUGAUGGCAUUGACAAUUGCGGGGAUGGUACUGAUGAGCAAUUCUGUGAAUCACCAACUGUAAGGAGCUGCAGCCACGAGAAGAAUGAAUUCCACUGCUUGAAUGGGAAAUGCAUCAGUGCAGAGCUUCAGUGCAACUUCUUUGAUGACUGUGGAGAUGGAUCCGAUGAAUAUAAAUGCUUGACAGAUCCCAAGACCUACGGAUGUCACACUAAUGUGUCUAUGUGUGGUGAUGAUGCCAAAUGUAUCCAGACCAACACAUCUGUGUAUUGCACCUGCCCCAGCGGCUUCCAGAAAGUGCCUGACAAGAAUUCCUGCCAAGACAUCAAUGAAUGCCUGAAAUUUGGAGUUUGCAGUCAGCUCUGCAAUAACACAAAGGGCUCAUAUAUGUGUACUUGUGCCAAGAACUUCAUGAAGACCCAUCAGAUGUGCAAGGCAGAAGGAUCUGAAUAUCAGGUACUUUACAUUGCUGAUGACAACAAGAUCCGCAGCAUGUACCACUUUAACCCCAACUCAGCCUAUGAGCCUGCCUUCCAAGGGGAUGAGAGUGUCCGCAUUGCUGCCAUGGAUGUGUAUGUCAAGGGCAACAAGAUCUACUGGACCAACUGGCAUACGGGACACAUCUCUUGCCGAGAGCUGCCAUCCACAGCUGGCUCUAGUGCUUCCAAUCGUAAUCGGAGGCAGAGUGAUGGUGCGGUCACCCACCUAAAUAUAUCAGGGCUGAAGAUGCCAAGGGGUAUUGCCAUAGACUGGGUUGCUGGAAAUAUUUACUGGACAGAUUCAGGACGUGAUGUCAUUGAAGUCGCACAGAUGAAAGGCGAGAACCGUAAGACGCUGAUCUCUGGCAUGAUUGAUGAGCCACACGCUAUUGUAGUGGAUCCACUACGAGGUACCAUGUACUGGUCUGACUGGGGGAAUCACCCUAAGAUUGAGACGGCUGCUAUGGAUGGGACUCUGAGGGAGACCCUUGUACAAGACAAUAUCCAAUGGCCCACAGGACUGGCUGUUGAUUACCAUAAUGAGCGUCUGUACUGGGCUGAUGCCAAACUUUCAGUCAUUGGCAGCAUUAGACUCAAUGGCACUGACCCUGUGGUGGCCAUUGACAGCAAAAAAGGACUCACUCAUCCCUUCAGCAUUGACAUUUUUGAGGACUACAUCUAUGGUGUCACCUAUAUCAACAACCGCAUCUUCAAGAUCCACAAAUUUGGUCAUGGCACUGUCACCAAUCUUACAGCUGGACUGAACCAUGCCACUGAUGUGGUACUCUACCACCAAUACAAACAGCCAGAUGUGGCCAACCCAUGUGACAGAAAGAAAUGUGAAUGGCUCUGUCUCUUGAGCCCCAGUGGCCCUGUGUGCACUUGCCCCAAUGGCAGAAGACUGGACAAUGGCACCUGUGUACUCAUCCCCACACCAAGUGUCUCACCUGUUGUUCCAGAGACUGACACCUGUGAUCUGGUUUGCCUCAAUGGUGGCAGCUGCUUCCUGAAUGCCCGCAAGCAGCCCAAAUGCCGAUGCCAACCGCGCUACAGUGGGGACAAGUGCCAGAACAACCUGUGCUCGGACUACUGCCAAAAUGGGGGCACCUGUUCUGCUUCAUUCUCAGGGGUCCCAACUUGCCGCUGCCCUAAUGGCUUCACUGGUCCUCAGUGCAACAAGCAGUCGUGUGCAGACUACUGCUUCAAUAAUGGCAGUUGCACUGUCAACCGGGGCAACCAACCCAACUGCCGCUGCCCACCAGAAUUCAUGGGCGACAGGUGCCAAUACCGCCUGUGCCCUGGCUACUGCGAGAAUGGAGGUGUGUGCCACCUGUCGGCUUCAGGAGUUCGCCAGUGCCGCUGCCCACCAAAUUACUAUGGUGACCACUGCCAGCAUAACAAAUGUGAUCGCUGUCUCAAGGGCAACUGUUCUGUUGACAAACAGACUGGCAACGUCACCUGCAUAUGUCCUGAUGGUAGGACAGCCCCCAGCUGCUUGACUUGCAAUGACUACUGCUUGAACGGGGGCACAUGUACGAUGAAUACUGAAACUUUGAUGCCAGAGUGCCAGUGCACAUUGGAGAUGACAGGGGAGCAGUGUGAGAAGUCAGUGGAGAGUGAGCAACAGAACAACCGAACAGUAUCCAUCGUCAUUCCAAUUCUCCUACUACUGCUUGUGAUAUUGGUGGCAGGUGCUGUGGUUUGGUACAAGAAACGAAUUAAAGGGGCCAAAGGUUUCCAACACCAGCGUAUGACCAACGGUGCCAUGAAUGUUGAGAUCGGCAACCCCACCUACAAGAUGUACGAAGGGGACCCCGACGCUGAUGACGUGGGGGAGCUGCUAGAUGCCGACUUUGCUCUUGACCCUGACAAGCCCACGAACUUCACAAACCCAGUGUAUGCCACACUUUACAUGGGUGCCCACAACAGCCGCAACUCACUAGCCAGCACGGAUGAAAAGCGGGAGCUGCUGUCGAGAGGGGCCGACGAUGACCUUGGUACCCCCCUGGCAUAGGGAACGGGGGAACGGGCCCCACCAGUCCAGAGACCAGGCGGAAAGAGACAAGAUGGGUCGGGGAGGGCAAGAGGGGAGGGCUUGGGAGCAAGAGAUACUGUAUAAAUGUACAAAUGAAGGAUUAUUACUUUUA